AUGGCUGUUUGUAGCGAUUUACUUUAUAAAAGUGAUCUUAGCAGCGAAGAUCGUUUUAAGCUGCUGGUAACAGAUGUUCCCGUUGAAUUGGCACAGGAAAAACCUCCACCUAACCCGUCGAAAAGUGGGAAUUACCUUGUAGAUAAGAAUGCGAUUGGCGUAGAUUGGAAACACACAUCCAGCUCUUGGCUGAACAGGAAUACCAAAACACGCAUCUUCAGACGGUUGAUUCGACUAGAUGAUUCUGACGACGACGAUUCAGACGACGCAAUAAGUUGGCAAAGCAAAGAAAUUAAAGCCAAAGAUAUUAAAGGAGCAGUGUCACCGCAUGCGCAUCUUUUCUGCGCAUACAUGAAACUUGAAAUAACAGGCUGUUUUUUCAAGCUUAUCAAACGCAAGAUGGCGGCUACUCAGGGGGCAAAGCACGGUGGCAAACGCGAUAAUUCCGGCAGGAAAAGAAAUGUAUUUUCGGCUUGGCGAGAAGCGAAGAACAAUGCCGGUUACAGCAAGUACAGUGACAGCGAUUUCACUGCGCAUUUGUUGUCAUUGGAGUAUCGUAGAAGAGUGGAAGAGCGACCCCCAAUUCCAAUCACAAUCGAUGAGGGUGACCAAACACGUGGCAUUAUUUCGGAUUGGGGUACAUCAACACCAAUGAAAGUCCAAGGUAUUGGAACUAACUUGCCAUCAUGUGAUGUGUCGCCAAUUGAGAAGGAACAACAAGCAGAGCUUGAUGUGCAGCCAGAACAAGAAGCGUCAAUUGGUCAGGAAGCAAGUACAUCUCACCAUGAAAGUAGAUUGAAUACAUCUAUGUUUUCUGAUGAUGAGUUGUCUUCAGAGGAUGGUGAUGAUGACAGGGAUAUUAGUUUUCAUGACCAAACAAUGUCAAUAAUUGAGGGAAUGAAUGCUGAUCAUGAUGACAACUUGGAAAGGGAUGAUGAUGCAAAUUUCAGUGAUGUUGAGUACACAUUAGAGAGUGAUUCGACAGAUGAAGAUGACAACGAGCAUGAGUGGUUGGAAGGUCAAUGUGACCAUGAAGAUGAUGAGCAUGAUGAGCAUCUUGCUUGGUUUGAUCGCAAAGAUAAAGAUUAUCAAGAGCUGCAAAAAAUAAUCCUAAAUCCAGAGCUACUUGCAAGUUUUAAAUACUAUACCCGUUUUAGACAUACAGGUGGCAUAGAAUGUGCCAACAGCCUUGGACUUGUUUAUACCCCAAAGAGGACCCCGUUCAGAUACAGUGCAUACAAGGCUAGAAGACAGCUCACAGCCAUUGAUUGGAACUUCCAUCAAAACCUCCAGCAGGCCAAGACAAAGCAUGGUGAUGAAAUUGUCACAAGGAAAUACAAUCCACGAACCCGAAAUUGGGACCUCAAGAUGGUGAAGGUGCAAAAGGGGUACAAUUACAUCCCAGUGCUCAUAGCUAAAAUUUUAAAACGAAGAACAGAUGACCACGAUAUAGGUGGUGUUACAAGAGCAGUGGAUUUGAAUCAAAGUGACCCUGCCCUAAUUUCUCCUACCAUUGCCCACUUACCCCCACCACCUACAAAUAGGUGUUAA